CCUCUCUCGGAGGGAGCAGCAGACAGGCCAUAGUUUUCCCUUGAUUGGGGACUCGGCAUACUGGGUCCAAGUGUUACUGCGUGAGUAAGGCGUGGGCUACAGAAGCGAAAGGGGGAGCUUUUUUUCGCUUCCUGCAUUUCCAGUCCAGACUGCCCGAAUCCGGAGGCGUGCUCACCCUUGCUCUCUCGCCAUCACCGCAGUGCACGCCUCGCCGGCGAGUCGAGAAGCAAAGCAAGGUAGCAGGCCUUACCACCGAGAUACAGCAGCCUACAAACACUCGCAGGCCGCCUCCGCCGGACCAUGGGAAACUCGUGUACACGCAACAGCGAGUCGCAAGUCGUCUUGAGUGAACACGGUGUAAUUCUGCAAAGCCGACGCAUUGACCGCGAUCGAGAACACGAACGUGGCCGAUGGUCUGCUCCCAAUGUGGAGAGCGUGGAUCUCGACACGUUACUAGAGGCGCCUUCCCCUCCCGCCAACAAGGACAAGGCGGCACGUCGUCGUCGCAAGAAGCGCCAGUCUUUAUCCGAGCGCUUCCAUGCGCCUCGCCGUCACGCCGCCAGCGCAACUCGCCCGCCACGCGCGCCGUCGUUCGAUGAGCCCAAUCCGCUUAACAGGUCGCGCGUUCAUCGCAGUCGCACAGAGACCGGCCGCCGCCCCAUGCCGAUGCCCGAGGAAGACCCAACGCCCAUUUACCACUCGUAUGAGGACCCUGGAUACCUGGCUGGAGACCCCAUUGAACUGCAGCCUUUCGACGCCGACUGUAUCCUGGGCAGUCCCAUUAACUCUCCGUCCGUAAUCCACGCGCGAUGGGGGGAACCUGUGGACGACCCGGACGAGGAGAGUUUGUGUACUGAGUUUCAGCCCAAUCCUUUCAAAUUGGGCUUUUGUAUCAACUGCAUGAAGCAACACGACGUCAAAGACGACGGAGAAGUCGUGGCCAUGAAGGAAUACAAACGAAUUGCGCGCCCCACCAUUUCCAAGACGGCCGCCAACGCUCUGGACAACCCCAGCGCCAUCCCUAUCCCCAGGAGCUCCAUCACAAUGAUGGCCGAGUCAGGACGAGAGAGCGACAUUGAUCUGGCCCAACUUUUGGCCCAGAGGAGAGAUGUGCUCAUGAAACUGGACCAGUUGGAAGUGCAAAAGGCCAAACUGAAGAGACACCAAAGUGCCGGGACCAGGGGACGCAGAGCUGACCGCCACACGACCAUCAAUUUCGGAGACAACCCGCGCAGUAACUUGCGGCGAAUGAGCUCACGGCCGCCUGGAUCGGGUCCCAUUAUCACCCGUGGAACGUCCACGAGCUUGGCGCCACAGCCGGCGUCUUCCCACAAUUUUGGGGCGUCCAAGAGUGUGAGCAUGGGCUCGCGUCUGUACGACGACGAGGAGCCUGCGCAGAACGUGUGGCUAUAGACUGCGUGAAAAGAGGUGGCUUUUGUAAACACAUACACACACACACACAAGUCUCUGGAAUCUACCAAACUCAUCUACCUACGACGCGGAUGGAAGCUGGAGCCCCCUUUUGUACCAGUAAUUGGGUGUUGCGUGACAAAUGCGUGCGAUUGACGAGUGCAGUCAACAAGGAAGUGGACCCCCGAAAUGAAUGAGGACAAGAAACAAGCGAGCAACCGAGCGGAGUAAAAGAGCUCGGAACCUCCGAGAGGAAGGAGAGAAAACAGUUUUUUUGCAGCCUGAUUGAGGCGAGUUAAUAUUGUAAUAUGAGCACCCCCGUAGUAGUAUUA